UAUGAAACCAACCCCUUAUGGUCAUACCGACUGUAAGAUAUUUUUUUAAAAUUACGUUUGUACUUAAUUACUUAUGAACUUAAUUUUGCAUUUGGCUUCUUUGAUUUGACUGCAAUGUCAGGACACAUUGUGGGACUCUUGUUUUAAAUCAUGAACCCGUCUUGUUUGCCUUUAGCCAUGUUAUUGUUUUUAUACCACAAAUCUUCCACGGAGGGAUUAAUAUUUGGUCUUUUUAAUCCAAGAAUGCAUCCAUCACAUCAAUGCCUUAAGUGAUCUGUGUUGUCAGCAUGAAUGACAUGAACCUCAGCCCAGUGGGCAUGGACCAGCUCAGUGUGCCUGUGAGUGCAAGUCACCUCGGCCUCCCCACAUCCCCAACCCACAAUCCCAUCACUUCUCAAGGCAUGCCAGUCGCAAUACCCAGCUUGGGUCCAUCACUUGGGCCUCUCCCUUCUGCACUGUCUCUGAUGUUACCCAUGGGUCCUUUAGGGGACAGAGGUGUUAUGUGUGGCCUUCCAGAGAGAAAUUAUACAUUACCCCCUCCUCCAUACCCACACCUGGAAAGCAGCUACUUCAGACAUAUCCUUCCAGGUAUUCUGUCAUAUUUGGCAGAUCGUCCCCCUCCCCAAUACAUUCAUCCCAGCAGCCUUAACAUGGAUGGGACUCUCUCCGUAUCCAACAACAACCCCUCUGGCUUAGACCCGUACAGCGGCCCUGGUGGCCCUCUAGAACAAGGCCUGGUGACCUUAGACAUACGGCAGGUGGGAGGCCAGGCUGAUCUCCAUCAGGGAGGCUCUCACGAAGUGCAGCUGGAUGCCACUGGACUAACCAUGGAGUCACGUGUCAGUAGUCCGAUGUCUCCUGAUGGAAUGGAAGAGGACUUGGCCACCAUGGAAGGUGUUGUGGGAGCAGAGACUCAACAGCAGCUGGGCUCCAGACCUCAGCGUCAUGAAGGUUUGACAGGUGUGGAUUCUUCAGGAGGUGUUAUGCCCCUGCAUGGAGCAGGGCUGGAGCUGAUGGAACAGGAGCACAUGGGCGGUCGAGUAGGAACCAGAACUGCAGGAGCAGGCGGUCCAGGGACGCUGGGUGAAGCCUUACACUCCACUGGAGAACUGAACUCUGGGGUGGUUAGUGUGGUGCUCACGGGGGCCAUGGUGCCACAGACACAACUAGAAACGGUAUCUCUACACGGACCUUCAGGUAUGGGACUCGAGCCUGUCAACGUGUCACCCAUCACUGCUGAAGUGUCUCUUGGGCCGGACAACAGCCUGGUGCUUGUGAACUCUACCUUACAACUAGAAGACUCAACAUCUAAUAAGGAAAACAUGGCCUCUGCAUUCAACAUAUGGUGCACUUUAUGUGAGCAGUCAUAUCCUUCGGACUGCCCUGAGCACGGACCAGUCACAUUCAUCCCAGACACACCCAUUCAGAGCAGAGCCCGUCUCUCUCUGCCCCGCCCCCUGUGCCUCCGCAUUUCUGUUACUGAUGAACCUAUUGGGGUGUUUGCUAGAGAGACUAUACCCUCCAGGACCUGCUUUGGGCCGAUGGUUGGACAGCACUGUAGCAGUGUAGAACUUACAGACUGGUCUGACAAGGACACCCCUCAAAUAUGGAAGAUGUUCCACAACGAUAUCCAAGAGUUCUGUAUUGUGACGACAGAUGAGCAUGAAUGCAACUGGAUGAUGUUUGUACGGAAAGCAAGGACUACAGAGGAACAGAAUCUCGUGGCAUAUAUUGACAACGGGAAGCUUUAUUUCUGCACAUCCAGAGAGAUUCUGCCAGAUCAGGAGCUGCUGUUUUAUUUUAGCAGGGACUAUAGCAGACAACUAGGUGUACCCAGAGUGCCAGAGGGCCAGAUAUGUCAUUGUGGAAAAGAGUGUACCUCUUUUGCAGAGUUUAAAUCUCACCUCAGCAGCCAUACCCAGAGCCAUAGCCCCAACCAGGACCAUCACACUACACACAGCCAAUCCCAGUCGCAGGAGAAGGUGAUCAAUGAGCCGUCCCGGUCCGCUUCCUCCCCACAAUGGCAGUGCCACUCAGACGUGAAUGAACAUUCCAGCAGCAACGGGCACGGUCGCGAGAGGAAGUUUAAAUGUAGCAUGUGCACCCGAGCGUUCACUACGUCCACUAAGCUAAACGUGCAUUUCAUGGGUCACAUGGGCAUGAGACCACACAAGUGCAGCUACUGCAGCAAAGCCUUCAGUGAUCCCAGCAAUCUCAGAAAACACCUGAGAAUCCACACAGGUCAGAAGAACUUCAGGUGUACAGUAUGUGGGAAGUCUUUUACUCAGAAAGCGCAUGUGGAAUCUCAUAUGGUUAUACACACUGGUGCCAAGAACAUUAAAUGUGACCAUUGUGACAAGAUGUUUGUGCGGAAACAAGAUCUCAAACAGCACAUGUAUUCACAUUCCCUAGACCGCCAGAUAACCUGUCCAAAGUGUGACAAACAGUUCUUGAAGACCGACCAUCUCAAAAAACACUUAAACUCUCACGAUGGGAAACGGGACUUCAUCUGUGAAAAGUGCAACAAGGGCUUUCUCACUAAAUACCACCUGACACGCCACCUCAAAAUCUGCAAGGGUCCUAAGAUCAGUCGAGGCGCAGCGCAGGGUGAGGAUGGGGAGGAGGAGGAUGAAGAUGAUGAGGAAGAUGAGGAGGAGGAAGAGAGGGAAGUUGAAGGACAGAUCAAUCCAGCCAAUGAGGAGGAGUGUGGAAUAGGCAUGGGAGGAUAUACUUCUGAAAAAACAAUGUAACUUUACUUAAUGUAACCAAGCCUUGUCUAGCCUGUUUGUCCUUUUUCGUGUAUUCUUGUUCUGCCCAGCAGCCUUUUAUUCCUGUUGCCAAAAUGUAUCCCAAUGUCACCUGGCCCAUAGAAAUGCAAUUAGUUUUAAAUUAGAAAAAUUAUGCCUUACUUGUUUUCAAGUAAACUGUCACAGUUAAAUUGACAAAUCUCCUGUCUAAAAAUUAACAAAAGACAUUUCCUUUUUAAAAUGCUUUUUUUGCAUAAAAUAUUAGUUUACAGUGCGCAUUUGUUUUGUUCAACGUGUAUGUUCAGCGAACUUGUUCACAGCAGCCAUGCCUUUUCGUUUUCUAUAUUCUGUAUUUAUAUUGUAAAUAAUAAAAUUUUUCAUGCAAA